AUGACAACUCAAUCAGGCCCAGUCAUGGAGAUUCUUGGCCGGGCAGCCGACGAAUUCCACUUGAUGAAGCCGCUAUUGCCAACAUACCUCCAUCUUCUAGUCUCUGCAGUCUUCCCCAUCUACACUGCAGCACAUGCAUCCCUGUCGAGGCCAUCGUCUGCAUCCGCUAAGAAAGGCAAGAAGAAGGGUGGGGGCGACGAUGAACCAGACGAUGCCGAGGACGAAGCAUAUCAAAAGAUCGAAAGCCUCACCCCCUCAGAUGCAAUUCUCUUUCCACUUCUGGCCGGAGCGACAUUGGCUUCCCUUUAUUUCAUUUUGAAAUGGCUGCAAGAUCCUGCCUGGCUGAACUGGGCCCUGGGGCUUUACUUUUCACAGAUCGGACUGUUCUUCGCCAUGAAAUUUCUGAAAGACAUGUUUUCGGUUGUACGCUCGCUCUGUUUCCCGACCGAAUAUUCUGGUGGAAAAUCUCAAUGGCGCGUCGACCUCAAUGGACACCGUUACAUUUCGGACCGCGGAGAAACCUCGACUGCACCCUUACCUGGGCUCUUCAGGCAUAUGCCGCUUCCUCGUUCGGUUUCCCGAGCCUUCUGGACGCUACAGAGUCUCCUGUACACAAAAGCGCAGCUGCACUUGCAUCUCCACAAGGUCUUCACGUUCAAAACACCGGUGGAUCUGCUUGAUCUAGUGAGCCUCGUGCUUUCCUGCGGCAUUGUCUAUUAUCACACUUUCGUAUCUAAACCCUGGUUCCUGACCAAUUUUCUCGGGUUUUCAUUCUGCUAUGGUUCCCUUCAAUUCAUGACACCAUCGACCGCAUGGACUGGAACGCUUGUCCUCAGCGCCCUCUUCUUCUACGACAUAUACUUCGUUUUCUUCACUCCGAUGAUGGUUACUGUGGCCACGAAACUCGAUGUUCCCAUUAAAUUACUCUUUCCCCGGCCGGACGGAUGUGUCUAUCCUGUUGGGGCACCGGAAGGAUCCAAGUUGAUGGAGGAUUAUCUCCGAUGUCUGGCCAAAAAGAGGAGCAUGGCCAUGCUUGGACUCGGAGACAUUGUGGUGCCAGGAAUGAUGCUUGCAUUUGCAUUGCGCUUUGAUCUCUAUCUACACUACUUGAAGAAGGGGAGCCAAACAAAUCCUUCCCGACAAGAGACGGCGGCGCAGGGUGAGACCAAGCCCGGUUACGUGAAUGCACGGGGCAGGUGGGGUGAACGAUUUUGGACGAGUUCAAGAGCUUGGUCCGAAGGGACCAGGGCGACCAAUUUUCCGAAGCCAUACUUCUACGCAACCAUUGUUGGUUACUUAGCUGGAAUGAUAACAACAGUUGUGGUGAUGCAGGUGGCUGCGCAUGCUCAACCCGCGCUGCUAUAUCUUGUACCGGGGGUCUUGAUAGCAUUUUGGGGCACUGCUCUGGUCAAAGGAGAGCUCCGCCUUCUAUGGCAAUACAGUGAGCUUCCAGAGGACGAAGACAAGAUGGACAAAGAGCACAAGGAUGGAAAGGGUGAAAAGAAGCAACCGACGAUUGCAAACGGACACACCAACGGGAUAGAGGCCAAAGAAGAAGCCGCUCCGAUUGAUGAAUACGAGGUCGAAAAGCCUGCUAAGCAAGUCGAAGAGCGUAAAAAUCUCAACAAACAGGGCAAAGAUUGCCACCGAUUGAUCUAUUUUGCCGUUACUCUUCCCAAACGCACUGACGACAAGACGGCUGCCUUGAUUGAGGCGGGAAAUGACGACUCAAUUAUUGUUGGGACGGCUCAAGGUAAUAAGCACAGCGGGGUCUCUCGAAGUGACUCUCACACAGUUUCUACGAGACGGGUGACAAGAAGUCAAGAUCGAACGGCGACUGGCGAACCCUUGGGCAAGAAGGCAAGAAGGGUAUGA